AUGUUGGAACACACUACCUUUUGUAGCUUUCAUCAGUCAAUCCUCAACCGGCCCUAUAGAUAUGUGAGUGAGCUAACAGAGCGGAUCAAGGUGAAUUCUUCCAGUGCAGCUUCAUCCUCUCACAAUGAGGAGGAAGGAGGGGACACCCAGUUUGUGCAGUUCUUUCCUCAUUUUGUGUGGGCAAUCAGAGAUUUCACUCUACUACUCGAGAUCGAUGGCAGAAACGUCACCGAAGAUGGGUAUCUGGAGCAUUCCCUGGAACUCAGAAAAGGUGGGGGUAGAAAGAACCUGAUGUACAACCUCCCACGAGAGUGCAUCCGGAACUACUUCCCCUCGCGCAAGUGCUUUGUAUUCCCCACCCCUACAACUCCUGCCAACAUGCCCCGCCUGGAUUCCAUGGAUGAGGUUGACCUCUGUGGAAGCUUCCGAACGGUUGCAGAUACUUUCUGCCGUUUCAUUUCCCAGGAGAGCUGUACAAAAACUGUGAAAGGGGGCCACAAAGUUACCGGAAGAAUGCUUGGCCACUUGGUUAACACCUAUGUGGAGACCAUAGCCAAAGGCCCUGUGCCCUGUCUGGAGAAUGCGGUGCUGGCCAUGGCUCAAAUUGAGAACCAGGCUGCUGUGGAUGAGGGCCUGGCGGUGUACCAGAGGGGCAUGGAGGUGGUAAAGGCCUUAUUCCCAGUGGACAUGGGUCAGAUUUCAACUCAUCACCUCCGCUCAGACCACCAGGCCAUACAGGCGUUCAUGAACCGAUCUUUCAAAGACAAAAAUUGGGAUUUCUUGAAAGCGUUAGCGGUGGCCAUUGCAAAGCACUACGCUGACCUUCUCCUCCAGAACGAGGAUGCCUCAGAGAAGAAGUGUGCGGCCCUUCUGGAGAAACGGUCUACUCCGAUGGCCCAGAAGAUUAAGGAGGGGAUUUACGCCACACCUGGAGGAUAUGAGCUUUACUGCAAUCACUAUGACAACAUGGUGGCACAGUACCGGGCUGAGCCCGAAAAAGGAGUUAGGACUGGGGAUAUUCUGGAGCAAUUCCUGAAGGAGAAGAGUCUAGAGAAGAGUUCCAUUCUGCAAGCUGACAAAAAACUGACCGAAAAUGAGAAAAAGAUCCACAAGGAGAAGGAGAGAUCAGCUGUGCUGGAGCAGGAGAAGAAGGCUGCUGAAGAGAAACGGGCGGAGAUGGAUUUAAAACCUCUCCCUCCAACCCACCAGAGAGCGAUAGAUAGCAAGCUCCAUGAGCAGGAAAAGCUGAUGGCUAAGGGCUUCACAGAGAAAGAGGCAGCCAAGAAGGAGGAGAUACAGAGCCUGAGAGAGAAGGAGGAGGCCAAGCGCGAGGAGAAGGAAGGGCAGUCUUGUAACUUCAGAGCCAUAGCACAGGGUGUCAUAGAGAGUGUCAGCAAUGGCUUAGGUCACUACUUUAACUAUAGGAAAGCCUGUGAGAAACGCAAAGCAGUUGUGAUAAAGGAGCGAGUCAGAUCCACUCUCAAACUCAAAUCAGGUAAUGUUGGCAGUAUCCCUGAUAUGGAGCGCAUGACACUCAAGCAAGACAAGACGACCACGCCCAAACUCAAAAUGGGAGCAGUUAGCAACUCUAAAGACAAUAAAACUCUGCCCAAAGUCAACACAGGUACAACUGGCAAAAGCCCUGGCUCAGAGUUCUAAAGGAUGCGCCAGAGAAUGGUCAAUGGUCCAGAUCAGCAGCCACACCUUUCUCCAGUCUCAUCAUUAACCAGAAGAGCCCAGUAAACUACUAGGAAAUAGUGCAACAGAAACACUGCUGUGCAACAAUGGUACAAUGGGGCCAAACCAGCUGUCACUUCACAGAAGUCAGUUCCUCAGUUUAUAACCAUUAAUUUCUCAUUCUGAUAACCUUUAAAUAUUAUUAAAUGUUAUUAUAGAUCAGUCUUAGAAUUGGAGAGUUAAGAUGUGUGCUUUCUUUUGUUCUUGGAUGUAGGGUAAAAUAAAUGAGCUUGCUGAACUUGUCUAGAGGUCAAAUGUGUUCUAUAUUACACGUAAGGCUAGAAUGGAACUGCUCAUAUUCAACGCGCUUUUCACUUAAGGGUUGACCAUUAUCAUCUUUUGAGAUUGUUGUUUGAAUAAACCUUGCUUCAUCUCUA